AUGAUGCAAGACAUAUCAAACCUAUUAGUAUUUGAUAUUGAUAAUGAUAACAAUACAAACUAUAUAGAUACUUUUUUCCUUCAAUUUUCUAUUCAAGAUUUGUGCGACUUUCUUAAUAAUAAUGAUCAGCUUAACGGUCAAAUAAAUUAUUCAAAAGACCUGGAGUCAACAAUAAUUAAUAAAAAUCAAGAAAACUAUAAUGAUAAAAAUUCUUCUGUUCGAUCUUCAUAUAACUUCAGUUCUAGUGACGAAUUUAGAAAUGAUCAUUAUCAGCAUCAUGAUGUUACUGCUCAGCAUUCUUUUGAUGAUAUUGAAUUACCUGAUAGUUCAGAAGAAACAGAAGAAUAUUUGGAGACUAGUCAAAAGAAUGGAAAAAUAAUGCGUCAUAUUUCUUAUGAAUGUUCAAGAUCAGGCAAUCACAAUUCACAAGUAUCUUCUGAUCUAACUAAGAGACGAAAUGCAACUUCACAACGUACGCAAUGUCCAUGGAAACUUAAUGUUGCUUGUCCUAAGACAAAUAAUGUUGUUAAAAUUAAUUCAUUUGUUGAUAAUCAUAACCAUAUUUUUACUUCAAAUAUACAAGAAAUGGCUCCAAGAUUUUGA